AUGGCUCAGAUCUCAGCAGCUAUUGACCCUGGUGCAGGUUGCUUGGCUGCAUUUGCAACCUCUGUCACAUGGGCAUCCAGUGCUCUGUUGAAAACCAUUCUCCACCUUCCAUUUUACUUGUCGGGUGUUGUCGUUAUUUGGCGUUGUUGUUGUUUUGAGUGGACAUUUGGCAUGUUGUUCUAUUUUGGUUCCCUUCCGUCGUUCCGGAACCCUUUCUUGGUGUUCUCUGGCCCUUCCCCUGUGUCACAGAUCUCUCAGAUUGGUCACAUCGUCGAGACUGUCUAUUCAGCUGGUCGCAGCCUUACUUCUUCAAACAGCCUCAUAAUUUUACCUAGAUUGGAAAUACCAAAACCUUUGAAGACAUCGCCUUCUUAUAUAUUGAAGCCUUCAGUAUCUUCUGCCCCCUUCAAAUUAGCCAUUCAAAAGCUCAGCUCAUCUGAUGUGUUGGAAAAAAUUAAAACUGCCAUUGAGAAGGCAUCUCAUCUCAAAUCCAAAGAUCAAAAACAUGCACUUGUAAAAAUUGCUCUAGAUAAUUCUCUUCGCACUAUCUAA